AUGCUUCACAGUCUUGCAAUCUCAAGCCUUGUUGCGCUGGCCACGGCGCUCGCAGUCGACAAACCCCUUGAAGUGUGCGGUACACCGCCCCCAAGCGAGGGGUUCGUCGACGCCGUCAAGGAGUUCCGUCUCCAGGAGCAGAAGCUUGCUACACAGGGUCUCGUCGCCAAAGCCAAAGUUGUCGUAGACACCUACGUCCACAUUGUAUCCUCAGAUGGGACGCCGCAAGGCGGGAAUGUGCCUGCCAACGACAGAAGCGAGGUGGCCAUGAAGAAGGGCUCCUACAAGGACCUGAGCCUUUACCAUCUCAAGGCGCCCCAGGGUAGCGCCAACAAUGGAGGCUACUGCUGCUUCCCUGUGCAGGGCGCCACCCCCGGAUCCGACAGCUUCAUCAGAGACGGCCGCGUCAUGCAGUUCGGCAGCAUGCCUGGAGGCAGCCUUGGAGCCAACAACCAAGGAAAGGUCACGCUCCACGAGGUCGGCUUGUUUCACACGUUCCAGGGCGAAUGCGAGACUUAUUCUGGCGGCGACCUGGUUGACGACACGCCUGCUCACGUCGCGCCUCGCUCUCAGUCCGAUUAUCGGUGUCCCGCUGGCUCCGACAUUGAUACAUGCCCGUCGUUGCCUGGUUUGGAUCCCCUGCACAACUUUAUGAGCUACAGACAGGGCCGCUGCUGGACCGAGUUCAUGCCUGGCCAGAUUGACCGUAUGUAUAUCGUAGCGUGGCGCGCGAUCGCCAGUUGCCUGGCUGAUGGCGUAAUUGGAGUUGAGGCGUGA